AUGGCCAGUAAUAAAGUGCUUGUAAACUUCUUGUCUGUUGAAGACUUGCAGACAAUUCCAAAUAUUUGCCAAAGGUUAGCAUCUACUAUUGUGGAUUUGCGUGAGCAUUAUGGCAAUCUCACACCAGAAAGUUUGCAGACAAUGCUUCGGCAUAAACUGCCGGACACUGUCAUGCAAGAGUUGGAUUUCACCCCAAACAGAGACUUGGUCGGCAACACCUGCCCACCUCCUCUAGGUGUACAAACAUCCCAUACCACCCCUCUUGUUUCAAAGAUUGAGACAGAGGUUGACGGGUUUGAGACCUUGGUUGCCUCUGCACAAAAGCAGUUGAAUGACCGCAUUGAUCAACUUACAUCAAUGCUACCUAGUGUCCCACAGCACUAUAAAUCUGAUCAUGUAUUGCCACGCCCCAGUGUUAACAAUCAGACAAAUGCCCCUGUUCCAAUGGCCCACCACUAUAUGCCAACACCACAACAGCUGAAACCCCAGUACCCCGUUCAACAAAGGUUGGACCUGGGUAGACUGCGAGAAAGCGACAGUGACGAGGAUGUCCAGUCAGCGUCUGGUAUCCCUCGCUCAUACAGUACCCGACAGAAAAAGGUACGUAUGCAUAAAAGCAGUCGGUUACCUCACUCCAAACUCCUGUCCCUUCACCGUCUUGAUUCAUCUACUGAUGAGUCCGACACUAGACAAGCCCCAAUGAUAAAGAGUGAGCAAGUCAAGUUACACUCCUCCUUACCUGAUAAGGACCAUAUUUCGCAAAAACAUGCGGAAUACCCCCAAGAGGUAGUACAGGCGUCCCCUCAUGGCCACUCUGUGCGCAAGGGUAGUCAUGCAUUGAAGGAUAUACCUAAAUCUCUGGUAUAUGAUGGUAAAUCGAGCUGGCAUUCAUUCGAAAUGAAGUUUCAGCAGUGUGCACAGUCAUUUGGCUGGAGUACAGAUGAUUGUAAACUCUGUUUAUUACAUUGUUUGUCAGGGAAGGCACUCGACAAAUGUGCUCGAUUGCUUCAAUGCAGUCCAAAAAUGCCUUACCGUUCUUUAUUGAGCAAACUUAAGGAGCGGUUCGGCUCAGAGUUUCCCGCCUCUGCGCAAGCCAAGUUCGCUGACGCUUCCCAGGAAAAAGGUGAGUGUAUCGAAGACUGGGCAGAUAGGGUACAAGAGUUAGCGGCUGAAGCUUUCCGGUCACUGCCGGAGACCUUCACAAACCAGCAGGCGAUAGACCGCUUCUGUCAAGGCCUGCAAGAUCGAGAAGCUGGUCAUAGCACCUUCAUGCGUAAGUAUACAACCAUUGAAGAGGCCAUGAAUAACAUCAGGUUGUUUCAGCAUUCCAAGAGUGCUAUGGGCAAGAAAAAAUCUAUUCAUAAAGCAGUAGAUUAUGACGAAGAUGUAGCAAAUGUCUACGCCGUUCAGAAUCCUUCUGGACCUGCGUUAGACAUGAGCGUUCUCAAGAGAGAACUACAGAGUCUGCGAGAAGAGGUGAAGCGGCUUGGAGAAGCUAGGCCCACUCAACCGCGUAGCAGACAGCAGCGUUUCAACCGUCCGCGAGGUACGUAUGGCUGUUACAUUUGUGAUAGUAAUUCGCACUUGAUCGCUGAAUGUCCCCACAAGAAGGACUUUAAGGCGUUUGUUUUAAACGCAAAAGGGUCAGGAUAGGGAGCCAAUCCUUGACCCAAGAAUACUCCGGCUCAAACCCAGAACAGCGAAACGAGGUAUGUAGCAAACUUGUUUCUAAUGAGACCGUACCAUCCAAUUCACUACCAGACGCCCCGUCUGCAGUCAUUGUUUCAUUAAAUGAGACCACAAAUGACAUACAGUCAGAAGAACAAGGCGAAACACCUUCUCCUUGUUUGACACCAGGUACUCUGCCAGCUGAUGGUACAGUACUUGCCCCUCCUGUCAAGGUUUGUUUGUUGAAAUCCAUAUCAGCAUUAGCAAAACCGGUAUGCGAGUUUGUUCUGAAUUGCGACGUGUCGGACAAUGUUGUCAGUGCGAAGCUCUUGCAAAUUCAGAAUGGUACAGAACAUGUCAUUGCCUAUGGCAGUUACAUCCUAACGGAAGAAGAGCAGAAAUACUGCACUACGAGAAAAGAGCUGUUAGCAGUUGUAAGAUUUACUCGGCAGUAUAGACAUUAUUUGCUUGGAAGACCUUUUAAGGUCCGGACCGACCACUCAAGUUUGACUUGGUUGUUGAA